AUGGGGAAGUUGUAUCCACCAAACUGCAAGAAUGGCGAUAUGCAGGCUGAAGACGCGCUUUCUGCGAGCUUUAGUGCACUUGGCAUCAAAGAGAUGGACUCGGAUGAAGAAAACAGUCUGUUUGCUUCGUUCUCGAAAGCCGAUGGAGGACGGCGUGCGCAGACGAGCCUCCAAGACUCACGCAACACCGUUUCAAAAGGAUCGGCGGGUGUGAGCCCGAGCGCAGCCUCCGCCAAAAUAAAGACCAAACCCCGAGUAUCGAGAGUCAAACAUGAUUCGCCAUCGGCCCCAGUCCCGUCGAUUGCGGGGACCAAAGUGUGCAAUUCCGAAGAUACUCUGAGAUCCAUAUCUUCAGCAUCAUCGGGAACAAAAUUCAAUUUGGCAAAAGAUAUUGUCCUGAAGCCAUACCAAGUGGCAGGGGUUGAAUGGCUGAUCCGACGCGAGUCAAAGGGUCAGAGCGGAUCGCUGCUGGCCGAUGACAUGGGGCUUGGCAAGACCGUACAAUCCAUCGGCCUCAUAAUGGAGCGUCAUAAGCCAGGACAGCAGCCUACUCUCGUCAUCGCACCGGGCAGCCUUCUAUCCCAAUGGGAGAAGGAGUUGAAUAAGUUUGCCCCCAGCCUGAGGGUUCUCAAGCACCAUGGACCUGGUCGUUUUAAGGGCGAGUUGCGCCCGACAAAACGCCAUUGGACACAUGUUGAAUCUGUCAUGUCAGAUUAUGCCCAGUUCCAAGGAUACCACGUCGUAAUCUCCACUCCACGGACCCUUCUAUCCGAAUACGAUACUUACAAGAGGGAUCCUAACGCGCUGGGAAGCCCCAUGAUACGUUCCAAAUUCUUCCGCUUCGUGUUAGAUGAAGCGCACGUCAUUCGCAACAAGUCAACGAAAACUUGGGCAGCGUGUAUGGCCAUCGAUGUAACGCACCGUGUGGCGUUGGGUGCCACCCCUGUGCAAAACACCGAAGACGACAUACGGAGCAUUUUGGAAUUUCUUCGCGUGCGGCACGAUAACAAACCUCUUCCGGCAAUCUUGAGCACUUGCAUGCUCCGUCGCCUGAAGACUGAUCAAGUCGACGGCAAAUCCUUGCUCGAUCUUCCGGAACGCACUGUCGAGCUCGUCUACUGCAUAUUUGACUCAGACGAGCAGGAGUUUUACGACGCUCUUGAGUCCCGCAUCACCGCGGUAUCCAACAGAUAUUACGAGCGGGGCACCUUGUUCCAAAGCUACCAUGUCAUCUGGACGUUGCUCUUGCGCGAGCGUCAAGCGUGCGAUCAUCCCAGCCUUGUAACCGAUACGUGGCAGCGUGACGAGGAGGCCCUCGACGGGAAGCAUACUAACAGCUUCUGCGCUUUCUGCCGCGUGCAAUUAGGAGCCAACUCUCAGUUACGGAAUCGAAACCGCUCGUUGACCCAUGAGAGUGAAAACGUCCUUCCGCUCUCGUCAACAAAGAUUCGAAAGAUCUUAGAGCUCCUGCGUAAAGUCAUACCGGCCGAAGAGAAAACUAUCAUCUUCUCGAACUUCACGACGUUCCUCGAUAAACUCCAGCCCUUCCUCGACCACGCUGUCGAUGGCACGAUGAGCUUGCGCGAGCGCGAUCUUGUGCUGGACACAUUGCAGACAAACCCCCACGUGAAGGUCAUCCUGGUUUCCUUCAAGGCCGGCGGCAUAGCAUUGAAAGGGUUGAACUUGACGUCCUGUAACAAUGUCAUUCUGGCUGAUCUGUGGUGGAAUCCGGCCCUCGAGGAGCAAGCCUUUGACAGAGCACAUCGUAUCGGACAGAAGCGCGAUGUUAGGAUCUACAAACUCGUGGUCCCUGGGACGAUCGAAGAUCGUAUGCUGGCUAUCCAGGGCAACAAGCGGCGCCUUGCUGCGUCCAUCCUCGAUGGCGGCGACGUGGCGGAAACCCAGAAACUCACGCGGGAUGAAGUAGAAAUGCUGCUUCAGAUCCAUCCACAAGAUUCAGGCUAG